AUCGCGAUAAAUGUGACCUGAAUUUUUUGGAUACGUCAUUUCAUCCACCCAGAUCACUUACAGCAGAGUUAUGUUUGGUGCUUGGUGCAAAAGGAUACGAGGCCAUCAAAUUGCUUCGUCAAUAUGGUGCACCAGAUGAGUCUUCCUAUUUCGAGCAACUGGAGUUGGAACAAACUGCUUUUGAUCAAUGUCCUUUUGUUCAGGCUGUACAGAAAGCGAAAUCUGCGGCGGAUCUGGACCAGGCGAGCAAACUGCUAAAGUAUCCCUCGUUCGAGAUUCAUCGAUUAAGAUCAAGCGAUGGAGCAACUUAUUUGCACUUUCUAGUUCACCUAUAUUUACAAAAAUACGGGAAACCGCAAUUUCAACGUGCACUCAUUCGAUUGAUGUAUCAAGUAACUUUGUCGGGUGUCGAUAUUCAAGCUCGAGACUGUCUAGGUCGUACAGCCUUGGUUGUAGCUGCAUACACCGAAGCGAUAACCGAAUCCACUGAAGACGAAGAAGAUGAUGAACACUUGUAUUUGGUAGUGAAAGAUGGAAACGAGGUACCGGAGAAUACUCCUGUGCCUCUUGCAUCUAGUCGAAAGCACAGCGCGUACGGAAGCGAGCACUCAUUUCAUAGGGAUAAUUCAAGGGACCCGGAUGAACCUAACUACCCACGAUUGCCCGAAGAGAACAACACAGAAUCUCUGUCCAUAAUACGCGACCGGAAUACAGAUCGUAUGGACAAGGAAGAUGAGAAAACGUUAGACCAGUUUCUUUCACAACGAGGUUCCAUUAUGAUGUUCAUGGAAGAACAAGAACAACUGAAGAAAAUCCGACAAUCAAUUCAAUUGAUUCAACUGCACAAAGACAUGGAGAAUGCUGUACAGAGAGUUCGGAAAAAGAAAAUUAAUCGUGAACGAGCGUUCUGUGGCAUUCCCGUUCCGGAUCAGAAUUUGAUUGCAGUGCUCAUACAACUUGGCGUGGAUAGCACAAUAUGUGACCAGUUCAAUCGUGUUGUCCAGUUUGAGCCUUACAUACCACGUGAUGCACUUGUAUUAAAGACCAAACAGCCGAUAUUUGGUUGCACAGAGGAAACCAAGGGAGUGCAAUCACUACCAGGAUUGUGGCCUGCACUCGAUGAAGUUUUGCGUACAAUGUCAUGUAGCCUACUAUCGUUAGAUGUUGACGCUGAGGAGAAAAGGUUGAGCGAAGUGAUCGCGGCAAAUUUGGUCAACAUUCGUGCAAAGCGCAGUGAGCUGUCAUCGUUUGAACUAAUCAAAGCACUUAGUAUUUCACCUUCGUUCUGCGGUGCUAUCAGUAAUUCGGUUACAAUGAGCUCUUCGAAAAUAGAACGAACAGUUCCAUCUAAACCACAAAACCCAAACGAGGAAAUUUCCAGACGUUUGAUGACCCUCUUGUGGUCUCACGUUGGUCUAACAGACUUUGCAAUGGCAGCCAUGUGUGGAGAUGUGGAUCAAAUGAAACUGUGUUUGGCGAUGGGUAAUGCGACUUCCAAGGUUCAAGCUUGCUUCCGAAGACACUUCCAUGAUAUAUCUUCGGACGGUCGUGUCAUUUACGUAUGCCGUCCACUACUGGUUCAUGUAAUGGACUACUCCACAGCUGAUGCUGUCGAGCUUAUGCUCAACUAUGGUGCUGACCUAUCCGAGUUUUACCAUGGUAAGUACCCGAAACCUCAAAAAGACAGUAACGUGCUUUUCAGAUGGCAAAUAUUGAUCUACGUGUGA